CGGGCGAUGUGUCAGUGGGGGAAGGGGAGAGAGAGAGAUAGGAGGUGAGAAAGAGAGGAGAUGACACACAGCUGGGUGGCAGUGCGAACUGUGAGGAGGAUGCUACGAGGAUGAAGGGUGACUAGGACAGAUUGGGUGAGUGGGCAGAUGCAGUUUAAUGUUUAACUGAUCCCUUCCUCAUGUGAGAUUAGUUGUGAGCGGCCAGGACACUGAACACUCAACACUUGCAGCCAAAUGACAUUCAUUCCACGAGACGGCAGCGCGCGCAGUGGAAAACUACCCAAUCCAUUCACCUCUUGAUCCCAUGAACUUCAGCCUCCGGCGCUCCAAUUAAUUACUGCAGGGCGUCAGCAGUUUCAGCGAUUGGGAAUGCGUUUUGAACCAGGAAGUGGAGGUUAAAAUGGCUGCGAAAGACCCGGUCGAGAGUUUAACCGAGGAGGCAGUUUGUCCCAUCUGCCUGGAUUUCUUCACCGAUCCGGUGUCACUGGAGUGUGGCCACUACUUCUGCCGCUCCUGUAUCACACUGAGUUGGGUCAGGGAGGGGAGAAACCCCUGCCCGGAAUGUAGAGAGGAGUUUACAGACCGCACCCUCAGGGUUAGCCGGGCCUUGGCGAGACUGUCUGAGAAAGCUCGAACACUGAGCCUGAAUCGGACAGAGAAGGAAAGUAAACUUCAGUGCGAGAAACAUCAGGAAGAACUGAAGUUGUUUUGUGAAACCGACAAGAAGCUGAUCUGUGUGAUUUGUGCAGCUGGGCGGGAACACAAGUCUCACAGGUUCAUGCCGGUAGAUGAAGCUGUUGAAAUCUACAAGGAACAGGUGAAAUCUGCCUUCGAAUCUCUCUCUGAAAAGGAAUCAGACAUCCAGGAAAUGGAGCAGGAACAGAAAGAGAGCAUUUCUGGAGUUCAGGAAGAGUCACACAGCCUUCAGUCACAGGUCACAUCCCAGUUUGCUGAACUGCACCACAUACUCACUGAGAAAGAGCAGCGCUUACUCGGAGAUAUCCGGGAAGAAGAGGCGAAGAUUGUGAAAACAAUGGAGAAAAAUCUUCAAGAGAUUCAAGAGAAUUUAAAUUCCAUUCAGGAGGAACUCUCAAAGUUACAGGAACAGAUAGACCACAAGGACGGCGUGAUAUUUCUGAAGGAAGAAGCUGGUCGCAAGAGCAGGGUUAUUGAUGAAACUAAAACAAUGUUGGUGGUAGAUGGCGCGUUGCCCAUUGAAAAGUUUGAUCGCACCUUUUUCUACAACAUGGCAUUGAGAGAAACAUCUAAUAUCAUCAACCAAGUCUCCGUCACCCUGAAUGUGGAAACAGCGCAUCCGCUGCUCGAGGUGUCUGAGGAUCGGAAGAGAGUGAGAUGGACAUGGACCCAGAGGAGUCUCCGUGACACCGGGAAGAAGUUUACAGUCUGGCCAUGUGUGGUGGGAUCGGAGGGAUUCACAUCGGGGAGACAUUACUGGGAGGUGGAGGUGGCGGGAAGUCGGGUCUGGAGUCUGGGAGUCGCCACAGAGUCUGUGGAGAGGAAGAGACGAGUCCCACUGACCCCGGAGACUGGAGUCUGGAGCAUCGAGCGGUGGGGUGACAAGUUUAAAGCACUCACCUCCCCUCCAUCCCCUCUCCCCGCCCGUCCCAUCCCCGGGAGGGUGGGAGUUUAUCUCAGUUACGAGUCCGGGACAGUUUCAUUUUACGACGCGGACACCAAGUCCCAUCUUUACACCUUCACUGGGAAUAAAUUCACGGAGAAACUUUAUCCUUUCUUCGGGACUUCGGCGUUAAGCUUGGAGACUCGGGUUGGAAAUUGGCUGAGAAUCUGCUCCGGUCCCGCUCCGGGUGUGUAAAAGGGUCGGGUCCCGGGACCGGCGUCAGGAGCGGGGCUCAGGGGCUGUGGGGCUGAAACCCGGAGGACAACAGGUCGGUGCUGAACGGCUCUCAUUUAAACCCCAAAUUCCGCGUCGUGAAACCCCAGUGAGCGUGGAAAUAAAACCAGGGGGAAUGUAAAUGUGGGAAGAGUGAAAUAAACAGCAACUGAA